GUUAUUCCCACGUGUAAAGCAAACUCUCUAUAUUCGCUCGGCAUUUGAGGCGAAAAUGAGCAAGCGAAAGCGGAGAUAGAGAUUCCUUAUACGGCCGGAACAUUCCUCAUUUCAGGUGAAACAUAAUCUAGGAUCUUAAUAAGAAGCCAUCAUUCUUGUGUUGUCAUGCCGUACCUUGUCCGUGAGCAUCUAUUUAUUGGCAACAUAGGUGAUGCAGCCGAGGUUCUCCAAAAAGGCAGCAAUGAAAUCACACAUAUUCUAUCAGUUUUGAGCAGUGCAUCGAUAUCCUUUUUCUCUGAAUGGCGCAGCGGUCUCACAAUCCCCUCCAAGGAGAUUAAGAAGGUUUAUGUUGGCGGAGCCGGUGGUGAUGGUUCAAGCACCGAGGACAAUGUGGGUGAUGUGUCAAAGAGUUCUUUGUCUCGUGAGAAGCUCUUGUACUUGCUGGAAUAUGCUGGUAAGGAUAUGAAGCUGGUGAGAAUGGCAGUGCCUAUCAGAGAUAUGGAGGGUGAGAAUUUGUUGGAUUAUUUGGAUGUAUGUUUGGAUUUCAUUGAUCGAAGUAGAAAGGAGGGGUCUGUUUUGGUGCAUUGCUUUGCUGGUGUGUCAAGGAGUGCAGCUAUCAUUACAGCAUAUCUGAUGAGAACUGAACAGCUUUCUUCAGAAGAUGCACUUGAAUCGCUACAACAGAGCUGUGAAUUUGUUUGUCCGAAUGAUGGAUUUUUAGAACAGUUGAAGAUGUUUGAGGAAAUGGGUUUCAAAGUUGAUCAUGCUAGCUCCAUUUACAAGCGAUUUCGUCUAAAAGUAUUAGGCGAUUCUUAUAACCGUGGUGAGAAAAUUGACAGUUCCAAAUUCGGGGCUGAUCCUGGCUUGCCUGCAGAAGUUUCCUCUGUAGAAGUAACUCCAAAUGGAGAUAAUCAUAACCGUGCAUACCGCUGCAAGAAAUGCCGAAGAGUUGUUGCAUUGCAGGAGAAUGUUGUAGAGCACAUUCCAGGUGAAGGUGAGACGGCCUUUGAGUGGCAUAAGCGGAGAAGUGGCAAUCAUUUUAACAAGUCUGAUGAAUCUGAGUGUUCUUCCAUAUUUGUUGAACCUCUUCAGUGGAUGACAGCAGUUGAAGAAGGUGCAUUGGAGGGAAAGUUGUCCUGUGUUCAUUGUGAAGCACGUUUGGGUUACUUCAAUUGGUCAGGCAUACAAUGCAGUUGUGGAAGCUGGAUCACCCCAGCCUUUCAGCUCCAUAAGAGCCGUGUUGACAUCAGCACUGUGAUACUUGCGGAAGGAAAAGAGAGGUCAUCAGCUUAGCCACGACAGUUGAGUGCCCAAUACUUUUCCAUUUGUAAUGACGUUUAUACAGUCAUAUAACGUCCAUGUUGACCCACACAUGUAGAAGAAAGGAGGCCCUCGAAGGAGUACUCUAUUUUCUUCUCUUUUGCACCUUGGUUUCACGGAUUUUCGGUCGGAGUUUUGGAUAUUUGGCUUUGAUUGUAUGCACUUUAUAUUACUAUUAUGAAGCUUGUUCUUGGGGCAACCCUUUUUUUUCCUAAAUGCGUUUUAGAGGGAUUCCUGAGCAGAAACUUCCUAAUGGCAUCAUUCAAUCUAUAUAUUCACAUGUUAUUGAAAA